AUGAGCCCUACCAAGAACGAGGACGCCCAGCGGCGGGACUUGUCGGUCGACGGUCUCGACGAGGGCGAGGGGGCGUCGCCUCCGGACGAGCACACCCGCCUGCUCCCGAACAGGGUCGACUCGAACCGCGAGCUGCUUCUGCCCGAUGACCCGGCCGUCUCUCCGUACAAUUUGUGGACGAUCCGCAUCCUGCGCUACGUGACCAUCCUCUUUGCCGUCCUCACCUUCGUGUGGUGGACGCUGCUCCUCGUGUCCACCUUUGCGACGCCGCCCGGCUUCCAUCAGCGGGGGAGCAGCUUCUACGCAUUUAGCUUCGCGAGCGUGACCUUGGCGAAUCUGCUCUUCACUCUCGUCUUCUUUGGCGUGCCAGCCAAGUCUGUGAGGAUCGUAGCUCUUUCCAUGUCGUUCGUCUUGCUGCUUGACAUGAUUCUCCUCUUGUCCGUUCAGAAGACUCGAUAUGAAGAAGGCUGGGUGGGCACAGUAAGCGUCAUUUGGUCGGUCCUCAUGAGCCUCUGGGCCCUGGUCGUCGAUCGAACCGUCAAAUGGGGCAAGGAGGAGGAGGAGGAGCGCCUGACGGGCCGCGCAGAGACUCGACGCACCGCCGCUGAGUGGUUCAUGGUGAUGAUAUCGACGGUUGCCUACAUCAUCAUGUUAGUAGCUGCUCUCCUCAUCACCUUGACCAUUAUUCUGCGAGCGGUGGAUGCGGGCCUCACGGCACCGGGCCAGCUCUACUGGGUCGACGACGGCAAGUACAGGAUUCACAUAUUCUGCCACGGGGAGAAGAAGCUCGACGCAGCAGGCGCCGAGCUGCCUACCGUCCUCUUCGAAGGGGGUGAGCGGCCUGUCGAGCACGGGCUCUGGAAGUUCGCAGACAACGCAGUCAAGAACGGCUCCAUCUCACGGUACUGCUUCGCCGACCGGCCAGGAUACGCAUGGUCGGAAGCGGCGCCAUCGCCUCUCUCGGCUGGAUUUGCGACAGAUGUCUUGGGCGAGGCGCUGGCCCAGGCCGGGGAGCAUGGGCCGUGGGUCCUGGCUAGUGCCGGCAUCGGUUCCAUCUACUCGAGGAUCUUCUCCUCCCGCAACGGGCCCGAGGCGAUCCGAGGGCUGCUGCUCAUCGACCCUCUGCACGAGGACCUGCUCGGCGGCGUCGGGAGGCCGGGACGAGGCUUCCUCCUGUGGCUGAGGGGCGUCAUAUCACCGCUGGGCCUGGAUCGCCUCCCUGGCGCGCUCUUCCGGGGCCGCACGAGCAAGGACCGCGUGUACGGACGGUCCGCGCAGCAGGGCGGGAAGCUCAUCUUCGCCAAGCUGCAGGAGAGCCUAGUGGCGGGCUCGUUCACCAAGCGGGAGGUGGACAGCAGCCGCGAGAUCCAGCGCAGAGAGGUGCCGCUGGUCGUGGUCAGCUCCGGGGAGCGCGUCAAGGAGAGCAGCGACUGGGGCAAGAAGCAGAAGGACUUGACCACGCUCACUGACAACCUGAAACAGUGGGACGUCGUCGACCAUGCACCGCACGAGGUGUGGUCGACGUCUGCGGGCCGUGACAUCAUUGAGAAAAGGCUCAAGGAGCUCGUGCACGGCAGGCGGAAGUAG